AUGUCUGUGUCUGGUUCAAGUUCUCUUAGUUGGGUAGGCUCUUCAUCCCAGAGGUCUGGCUAUUCCCUUAGCCGUGCAAGUGCAGGGGGGAUUGGAUUGGGUAGUGGGGGCCUCAGCCUUGGCAUUGGAAGGGCUGGUGGAUUAGGAGGUGGUCUGGGCUUUGCUGGAGGCGCAGGAACAGGAUUUGGAAGUGCAGUUGGACUAGGAGGUGGUUUAGGAGCAGGAUUUGGAGGUGGAUUAGGAGCAGGAUUAGGUGGAGGUUUAGGAGCAGGAUUAGGUGGCGGUUUAGGAGCAGGAUUAGGUGGAGGUUUAGGAGCAGGAUUAGGUGGCGGUUUAGGAGCAGGAUUAGGAGGAGGUUUAGGAGUAGGAUUAGGAGGAGGUUUGGGAGGCAGUGCAGCAUUCAGUUUGGGACGCUCACUGACAGCAGGUGGCCUGAGCUCAACUCUGAAUGUAGGGGGAGGACGUGUAGGACCCCAGCUCCUUUCUAGGGCCACAGAAAAACAGACAUUAGCAGGACUAAAUGAACGCUUUUAUGCUUAUGUUGAAAAAGCUAAACAAUUACAACUUCAAAAUCAGACUUUACAAACCCAACUGAACUUACUGACAGGAAGCACAGCAACCUCUUCACCAGAUUCCUCUACCCCUGUAAAUCUUGAACUUCAGAUUAUAGAUCUUAGGAACACAGUUGAAAACCUAACUCUGGAAAAUGUCCGACAUGAAAUCAAACUUGACAAUGUGAGGGGUGCUGCAGAAGAGCUCAAGACCAAAUACGAGUUAGAAUUAGGAGUGAAAUAUCAACUGGAAACUGACAUCACAGCCAUGAAACAGGACAUUGAUGCUGCUUCCGAAUUGCGCUCUGUACUGGAACAAAGAUUCUCAGCAGCACUUGACGACCUAGAAUUGUUGAAGAAAGAACAAGAAGAUGAACUGAGCGCAUUACAGAGUAAAUUUGGAACUGCAGCAGAUACAUCUGUUUCACUGAUUGAAGUUGAUGCUGCCAAAUCGUUUGAUCUCACAAGUGCUUUGAAUAAACUGAGAGCAGAAUAUGAGAAAUCUGUCCAACAACACAAAGAGGAUGCAGAGACAUACUUUAGAGCUAAGAUUGAAGAAAUAAACAGUGAAACGGCCAACACUUCAGAAGUUGUAGCCACAGUGAAAUCAGAAAUUACAGGCACAAAGAAAGAAUUACAGACACUAAAUGGAGAACUACAGUCUCUUCUUGCAGUGAAUUACACACUUGAAAGCAAUCUGGCUGAAGUAAUUGCAAGAUCCAGUGUGGGAGUAGCAGAAUAUCAGGCACAGAUAACCAGCUAUGAAUCUGCAACUGAAUCAGCGAAGGUAGAACUUCACAAGAUCAUUGUCAACUACCAGGAAUUGCUGGAUAUAAAACAAGCACUGGAUGUAGAGAUUUCCACCUAUAAGAAACUGUUGGAGGGCGAAGAAAUCAAAUUUCCUGAAGUAGAAGUCUUAACAGGAGGAACUUACACUUACUCAUCUGACGCUGGCUUUCAGAAGAAGGAUUCAAGUACAGUAGACUUAAUCUGAAAACAAGAGGUGCCCAUAUUUUCAGGAAAAGCAAAAUGAUGACGCCAUGACGAUGCUGAUAUGAUUCUUUUGUGCUUGGGAAACUCCUCUGUGAAACUCCUCUUUUUUCUAAUGAUUACUGCUUUAU